CACCCUCCCACUCCACUUCAAUCAACAUUAACUCAUCGAACCAACAACACAAGAAGAAAGAACCAUCGUAGUAACCUUUCCAUCGAUCAUCAUGUUGCUCACCAUGGACGACGUGGACGAGAAGCUCGACUUCUCGAACAUAAAGAAGAAGUUAACUCCUUUCGAGUGGCUCCUCGCCAUCACUCCCAUCGCCUUGGAGAAGCUCCACCGCCAAGAAAAACACCAAAGGCUCGCCAAAGAGAGCCAACUCAAAAAACCCAUCGUACCUCAAACAACAACCCUAGGGCAGGAUCAUGAUCAACAUCAGACACCGUCGAUAAAGCGAAAACGUAACGUGUUCGAACGUACUAGAGAAGACGGAAAGAAGAAGAACGUGUCGAGUAUGAGGAGGAAGAUCGACCGGGACUACUUUGUCGACGAUCCACGGCUCGAGCGAGCCACGAUCCCCGAGAGGUUCCGCCACCACAUCGAAACGAACUUGAACGGGAGGGACAUUAAGUUGAUAGUGCAGAAGCGGCUGUACGAGUCCGACCUGAAAACCGGCGAGGGACGGCUGUCCAUCCCGGCGAAGAAGAUGUGCCAAGGCCUACUGACGAGGAAAGAGGAGGAGUGGCUGAGGACUCGUGACCGCGGGGAGGCGGUUCCCGCGAUGGAGCUGUUGCUUCUGGACCCUGAGCUGGGGGAAGGCAAGAUCGUGUUCAAACUCUGGGAGAUGAACAAGCCGAACGGGACGACGAGCUAUAUGUACGUAUUGGCCCGGUACUGGAACCAUGUGGUUAAGAAGAAUGGACUUAAGACAGGGGAAGUGGUUCAAGUGUGGGGGUUUAGGAUGGGAGAGGAUGAGCCAGGGAGGUUAGGGCUUGCUCUGGUUAGGCUCUCUAAGGAAAAUGGUGGUGAGGUUUGAGUAGUAGUAGUUGAUGAUCAUGUGAUGGAGCAUAGAAUUGUGGCUAGCUAGGGUUAGGGUUGGAGUAUUAGUUAUAUUUGAUUGGACAAUGAAUUCAUUGGUUGAUUGUUCUACAGGUUUGUUCAAUCGAUCUGAUCCGAUUCUUAUAACAAGAAUAAAACUCAUGGUUGAGA